ACGCCCAUGUGGUAAACGUUCGCGAGCACUUUUUUUCUUCUUCAAAAGCCUGGAGGUAAAGCCGGGAUUGUAAUUUGUGCAGAAGACAUAAGGGUGCACACGGGAAUAGCUUCUACUAACUAAACUGGUAAGCAGAUUUCUCCAGCAACGGAAUGCAGGAACAGGCACUGGAGAGAGCUGAAGGCUCGCUGGCCUUCCCCUUUCUGGAUGACGAGGCGAGCAUCGACGCAUACAGGGAGUCUCGAACCCUCUUCAUAAUGAGGGGGCUGCCAGGCAGUGGAAAGAGCACCCUGGCCAGUACCAUCGCGGGGAAGUACGAAGGAAUCUGCAACGUGAUCUCCGCCGACCACAAGAUCAGACCCGAGGCGUGCCCCGCCCUCCCGGAGAAAUACAAAGAGCUGGACGAGGAGGCCGGGCGUUUCUGCGAGGAGGGCGUCGCCGUGGUCGUGAUUGACGACACAAACCACCAAUGGGAGCGGCUGGAGAAGCUCUUCGACAUCGCCAGCGAAUACCAGUACCUGGCCCACCUCGUUGAGCCCAAGACGCCGUGGAAGAACGACUGUGCCGUGCUGGAGGAGAAAACCCAGUGGGAGCUGACCCAGUCGGAGCUAGAGGACUUGAGGGGAAGCCUGGAGGAGGCGGUCUACCCUCUAUUCUACGGCUGGUUCUUGACUCACAAGAGCCAGAGUCACACCAAGGAGAUGGGCAAGAAGCUCCUGGAAACCCUGGGCGAGCUUGAUGAAUUCAAGGAGCAUUGGGGUGAUUUUGGAGGAGCUGCUUCUGAGACAAGAAUAAACUUGGAGGAAUAUUUUGAUGGCAAGGGGAUCCUGCACUGCACCACCAAAUUCUCUGACUACGGGAAAGCGACGGGAGCACAAGAGUACGCGGAACUAGAGGCUGUGAAGGAAUUCUUCGGGUCUGCCUUUCAUCUGCGGAUAUCGGGCCUUUUUAUCACGCCCAGAACCGCUGGCGCCCGCGUCCGACUGAGCGACAAGCAGCUGGAGGUGUGGCCAGCCGAUUCGGAGAAGGAAGCCACGCUCUCUGAAGAGCUGCCCCGCGGCAGCCGGGCGCACAUCACGCUGGGCUGUGCCAAGGACGUGGAGGCCGUGCAGACUGGCCUAGACCUGCUGGAGUUCAUCAGGAUGGAAAAGGAGGGCGAUCAGGACUGGGCUGUGAAGGACACCGACCAGGGGAAGCUGCGCUACUUCGGCAAAGGCAUGUGGAUGCUGGAAUUGUCCGAGGAGGUGACAGUGAAAACCAUAUUCGGUGGGUUCUACCCAAAAGAGGAGGGAGGAGAGGAAGCAGGGGUGGAGAAGGAGGGAGACGAGAGAGCAGUGGGGGAGGAGAGAGAAGAGAAAACAGUGGAGAAGGAGGGAGAUGAGAGAGCAGUGGAGAAGGAGGGAGACGAGAGAGCAGUGGAGGAGGAGAGAGAAGAGAAAACAGUGGAGAAGGAGGGAGAUGAGAGAGCAGUGGAGAAGGAGGGGCAUGAGAAAGCAGUGGAGGAGAAGGAGGGGGAUGAGAAAGCAGUGGAGGAGAAGGAGGGAGAUGAGAGAGCAUUAGAGGGGGUGGAGAAAGCAGUGGAGAAGGAGGGGGAUGAGAAAGCAGUGGAGAAGGAGGGGGAUGAGAAAGCAGUGGAGGAGAAGGAGGGAGACGAGAGAGCAUUAGAGGGGGUGGAGAAAGCAGUGGAGGAGAAAGGGGAGGAAAAAGAGAACCAACAGGAGGGGAAACCAGCUGAAGGGAAAAAGAAGGGAAAAUGCACCAUUAUGUGAAGCCCCAAUGCUCAGGCUGGUGGGGUGGCUACCUGGGGAUUUGUAAGAGGCCUUACCAUCGUUUUACUUUGUCAACCCAUUUAGUCAAACAUACAUCUAGCAACCACCAGAGGGGUCUCAAUACACCAGUGGUCUUCAUAGCCAGUGUUUUUUUUUUUUAAGCAUAGAGGAAAAUAUAUACUGUGUGCUAUGAAUCAUGAAGUCCUCACUACUCUAUUUACCAUUUCUUGUGUUUUUCAGCUCAGAAUUUCAUAUCGCCGUAAACUAAACCUACGGCAGGUUUUUGGUUUGUACUUUAUUCCAAGAAUUACUUUUUGCAGUUGCGUUUCUAAAAUUCUAGUGAUUUCUGUAUGGUUUAUAACCCAGCCAGAACUACAGCUAACUACAUAUUUGCUCAAGGCUUUAGUAGUGGUUUGACUGGAAGCCUAUGGGAUCCGAGUUUUAUUCUAGCUGUGUGUGAACAAGGCUGAAUACAAUCGAACCCUCUUCCCAAAACGCAUCAGCCCUUCUAGCACACCGUUCCAUAAUGACAUGCUUUUAAUUUGCAGCUUUUUGUAUUUCUACUUUGAGGGGGGGGGGGGGGGGGGGUCAUUAAAUGAAACUGAUUCUGCAUUUCUCAGUAUAGACACUGCAUUGCUUCUAACGUAAUGUAAGAUUAUGCUGCUGCUGUGGUUACUCUGUACCUAAUGUAAAAUGUUUAGUAGGCGUCUCCUGUUGCAUUUACAGUAGUAAUAAAACCACACAUACAGUUUAUCACUUAACAGUACACAUAUUUUUGCACUGUUGUCUUGUUUGUGGAUUCUGAAUAAUAAAGUUUGCUUACUGUAAUCUGUUUAAGAUUUAAAAAUGAUAAAGCGUUGUUGCACAAAUGUUUUAUGGAUUAGCUGUUCGCUGCACUGUAUUGUGUGCUGAGCCCUCUUUUUUUACAGAACGCCACUGCAAUGGAGAUUUAAGGUUUUGGUGGUGAGCAGGGGUUUUCUGAUGACAAUGAAUGUUUUUUUUCUGCAACGUUGCAUGUGUGGAAAAUGUGUGCUGCGAAACUUUGUAUUAAUAUGAGAACUUUAAAAUAAAUAUAGUAUUUUUCUGGUA